AUGACAGUCAUCAGUAUGCGGUCUCAAAUCGUCGACAUUGUCCCAACAAGCCCAGAUCACGGUCUGGAUAUUCAUGAAACAGAGGAACUUUCGGGAGAAGUUGAGAAGCCAGAUCUCACUCCACGUCGACAAGAUGCAUUUGGUGACGAAGAGAAUGCAGAAAUCAAGUACAAGACGCUGGAGUGGUGGCAAGGAGGCCUGCUCAUGGUGGCCGAAACCAUCUCACUAGGAAUCCUCUCCUUACCAGCCGCGGUAGCUGGGCUAGGUCUAGUACCAGCACUGAUUGUACUGAUAGGACUGGGCCUCAUAGCUUGUUACACUGGGUUUGUUAUUGGACAGUUUAAAAUGAGACAUCCUCAUAUCUCAAGCAUGGCUGAUGCCGGUGAAGUGCUGAUGGGUGCCUUUGGUCGGGAGUUGUUCGGUAUAGGCCAACUACUCUUCCUCAUUUUCCUUAUGGCUAGUCACAUCUUGACAUUUACCGUCGCUCUCAAUACUAUCACAGGGCAUGCUACUUGCUCAAUUGUUUUUGGUGUCGUUGGGCUGGUCCUUUCGUUGAUUUUGUCUCUGCCUCGAACUCUGGAAAAGAUGUCUUGGCUCUCGCUUGUUUCUUUUAUUAGUAUCUUCUCCGCUGUUAUGGUUACAAUGAUCGCCCUCGGGAUACAAGACAACGGUGCCCCUGUCAAACCUUUUGUCGAGAGCAAUCUCGUGACUGGAUUCAUGGCUACUUGCAACAUUGCUUUUUCAUACGUCUCCCACAACACCUUCUUCACGUUCAUGGCGGAGCUUAAAGAUCCUAAGGACUUUCCCAAAGCUCUGGCACUUCUUCAAACCAUUGAUAUGAGCCUUUACCUUGUUGCAGCUGUUGUCAUUUACCGUUUUACUGGUGCAGAUGUUGCUUCACCAGCUCUAGGCUCGGCUGGUCCACUGAUUUCGAAAAUUGCCUAUGGCUUGGCUCUCCCUACAAUUCUUAUUGCUGGAGUCAUCAAUGGACAUGUCGCCGCCAAAUCGCUCUACGUUCGUAUCUUUGCUGGCACAGAUCGCAUGUCCAAACGAGACUGGGUUGCUGUGAGCUCAUGGAUUGGCAUUGCUUUUGGUCUUUGGACCAUUGCGUGGGUUAUUGCUGAGGCAAUCCCUGUCUUCAAUAAUCUUCUCAGUUUAAUAACGGCGCUAUUUGGUAGCUGGUUUACCUUCGGCUUCACUGGCAUGUUCUGGUUGCACAUGAACAAGGGCCUCUGGUUUUCCUCGGCUAAAAAGAUUGCUUUGACGCUUCUGAACACCUUGGCAAUUACUAUUGGUAUCGUUUUGUGUGUUCUUGGUCUCUAUGCUUCUGGGAUGGCCAUUCAUGAUAACCCCAAUGGAGCUAGUUUUUCUUGCACGAGUAAUGACUCUUGA